AAUAGAUGUCUCAAUAACUCCAACUUCCUUUAUCGAUAUUUUCUUCUCUGCCUAUCCAUCCCUAACCCUAAUCUCUAUUCAUUCCGUUUCUAAUUGACGAAGCUCGUCAAUUCUUAAUCCCCGUCUCUCACCCAAGAUGCAGAUAUUCGUGAAAACUCUAACUGGGAAGACCAUUACUCUUGAGGUCGAAAGUUCUGACACCAUCGACAAUGUUAAAGCCAAGAUUCAGGAUAAGGAAGGAAUUCCUCCUGAUCAACAGAGAUUGAUAUUUGCUGGUAAACAGCUCGAAGAUGGAAGAACUCUUGCUGAUUACAACAUUCAGAAAGAAUCUACUCUCCAUCUUGUGCUACGUCUUCGUGGUGGUAUGCAGAUCUUCGUUAAGACUUUGACUGGGAAGACCAUUACUCUUGAGGUCGAAAGUUCUGACACUAUUGACAAUGUAAAAGCAAAGAUUCAGGACAAGGAGGGAAUUCCCCCAGACCAACAGAGAUUGAUUUUUGCUGGUAAACAGCUCGAAGAUGGUAGAACUUUAGCUGAUUAUAACAUCCAGAAAGAGUCUACUCUCCAUCUUGUCCUUCGACUUCGUGGUGGUAUGCAGAUAUUUGUGAAGACCCUUACUGGUAAAACCAUUACCCUUGAAGUAGAAAGCUCUGAUACAAUCGAUAAUGUGAAGGCAAAAAUUCAGGAUAAGGAAGGAAUUCCUCCGGAUCAGCAGAGAUUGAUUUUUGCGGGUAAGCAACUUGAAGAUGGCCGUACGCUUGCUGAUUACAAUAUCCAGAAGGAGUCUACACUUCACUUGGUGUUGCGUCUUAGGGGAGGAAUGCAGAUUUUUGUUAAGACAUUGACAGGAAAGACGAUCACUUUAGAGGUGGAGAGUUCUGACACAAUCGAUAAUGUGAAGGCUAAGAUUCAGGAUAAGGAAGGGAUUCCUCCAGACCAACAGAGAUUGAUUUUUGCAGGGAAGCAAUUGGAAGACGGAAGAACCUUAGCUGAUUACAAUAUCCAGAAGGAAUCAACACUUCACUUGGUUCUUCGUCUACGUGGUGGUAUGCAGAUUUUUGUUAAGACCCUUACUGGGAAGACGAUCACAUUGGAGGUUGAGAGUUCUGAUACCAUUGACAAUGUGAAAGCAAAGAUUCAAGAUAAGGAAGGGAUUCCACCUGAUCAGCAGAGGUUGAUUUUUGCUGGAAAACAAUUGGAAGAUGGAAGAACUCUUGCUGAUUACAACAUUCAGAAAGAAUCCACUCUUCACCUUGUCCUGCGUCUUCGUGGUGGCGAUUGUUGAAACGUUGUUGGUGCUUGCAGGUGGUCGUCGAGUAUGCCAAGGAAAUGUGCUUUUUUACUUUGUCAUCUCACUGUUUAGUCUUCUAUUCUAGUUUUUUUAUUUGCCGUCUUGAAACUAUGAUAUGUUGGCUGUUUUGGGAAUUUAAGUAUAUACUUUCCGUUGUGCUUUUCUUGAAUGAAAAGACAGUUGCUUGGAUAAUUUUCCUUC